UUACCAAGCCAUUUAUUUUGUACAUUCGCUACUCAUGUUUUCAUUCUCGUUUCUCAUUCUCAAUUUCAGCUUCAGGAGCAACAGGUGCGUCUGUCUCGGAGAAGCUCAAUCAUGCGAAACAUUUUAAGGCUGGUGGGUCCAUCCCGCACGAUUGGUUGUUUACAAAACCUUGGAAGAUUCCAGGCUAAUUCGAAAGCGCAAUUACCAGCACAGGCGUUAAACGCGUCAUACAUCAACAGCCUUGUCAUCAUUCAAAUCAGACCGCUAUCUACCAGUAAUGAUUGUGCGAAGAGAAAACUUCGAGCAUCGUCUACCAUAUUCUGUAACCCACACGAGCUAAUGUUGCAUGUUUUUGUGCAUUCUCGUUGCUUCCAGACUCGAAAGCCGCACGGUGCGGACGUGACCGCUUGCAGGAGCGAGCAGUGGGACGGAGGUAGAGAAAAUAAAAACACAACAGGCAGAAGUAGCAGCCGCAACAGCGAAGACAAAAACAACAACAUUGCCAGCAGCAGCAGCAGUAGUAUUUCUAGCUCGCCCCUGACCGAUCUGUUUGGUAGAUUUCACAGUUAUCUGAGAAUCUCGCUCACGGAAAGGUGUAAUUUACGCUGCAAGUAUUGUAUGCCCGCCGAAGGGGUACAGCUUAGUCAAAAAGACAAUCUACUGACGGUACAGGAAGUGCUCUACCUAGCAAGUAUAUUUGUCCAGGAAGGUGUGCGGAAAAUCCGUUUAACCGGUGGAGAACCCACGGUGCGAAAAGACCUAACCGAAAUAGUGCAGUGUCUCAAGCGAAUUCCGCUUUUGGAAAGUGUUAGUAUUACUACGAACGGCCUCAUGUUGACCCGGCAGCUAGUUGGCCUGCAACGAGCCGGCCUCGAUGCGCUCAACAUCAGCUUGGACACGCUGAAAGCGGUCAAAUACGAACAAAUCACCCGACGUAAGGGCUGGGAACGAGUCAUCGCUGGAACCGAUUUGGCGAUUCAGUUGGGCUACAAACCCAAGGUGAACUGCGUUUUGAUGAAGGGUUUUAAUGACGAUGAGCUGUGUGAUUUUGUGGCGAUGACCGAGGAACGCAACAUAGACGUUCGUUUUAUUGAAUACAUGCCAUUCACCGGAAAUCGAUGGGACACCAACGCAAUGGUACCGUUCCGCGAGGCUCUCGCCACGAUUCGAGCGCGCUAUCCAAACUUGGAAGCACUCGAAAACGGUCCAAACGAUACCUCAAAAGCCUUUCGGGUGCCCGGCUUUCGCGGCCAGAUCGGCUUUAUCACCUCUAUGACGGAGCACUUUUGUGGCUCCUGCAACCGGUUGCGUAUCACAGCCGAUGGUAAUUUAAAAGUAUGCCUCUUUGGUAACACGGAAGUCUCACUGCGGGAUGCACUACGGGCCGGCUGUUCCGAGGACGAUUUGCGUUGUAUGAUUUCGGCUGCUGUUAAGCGAAAAAAGAAGCAGCACGCAGGUUAGUGUGCGCAAAUAAGGGAACAUUUGUCCUCAUCAUCAUUCAUCUCAUCGACUAGAUACAGUUGCCUUCCGGUGAUACGUCACUUCAGCUCGCUGUCGCACGUGAACGAGCACACGGGCAAAGCGACGAUGGUUGACGUUGACGAUAAGGUAUCCACAAAACGGGAAGCUAAAGCCCAGGCAACGAUUUACGUUGGACCGAAGAUAUCUUCACUGAUCGAAAGUAACGAACUGAAGAAGGGUGAUGUCCUGUCGAUCUCCCAAAUGGCCGGCAUAGUGGCGGCCAAGAAAACAUCCGAACUGGUUCCACUGUGUCACAAUAUUCCGCUUUCAUCGAUCAAGGUGGAAACUAGUCUGAACGCGUCGACCCACGAGGUGCACAUUCUGACGAAGGUGAAAUGCGACGGAAAGACGGGUGUCGAGAUGGAAGCUCUAACCGCUGCAUCAAUAGCGGCGCUAACCGUUUACGAUAUGUGCAAAUCGGUGACGCAUGAGAUUCUUAUCAAAAACAUAAUGCUAGUGGAAAAGACUGGUGGAAAAAGCGACGUUUAUAAACCAACCAACACACAGCCUCCAAUGGAACUAAUGACCGACGAAACGCCAAUCAUUGUUAGGCACUAUGAGACUGAACCAAUUGCGGCGAAGGAAGAAGAAUUUGUUCCGCAGCACAUUUGAGUUGGACAAUCGAUGAGUGACAACACGUCGUGCCUAUCUCGUAGAUCGUAAGAUUUUUAUUUUUCUGCAAAAACACGCCUCAUGAUCUACAGGUUUCGCUUGUUGAUUGCUUUUUUUCCUAAUUCGAGAAAAAUAAAGAUGCUCGCAAAUUACUUUAUUUCAUAUAA